AUGGUGCCGAAGAAGGAAGGACACGCCCACUUAUCGGCCAUGCAGAUUGUGAAGGUCCUAAAGAAAGGGAAAUCAAUGUUCCUGGCUACAAUUGCAAGUACGGGAGAAGACAAUGGUACUAUGGAGUCAUUGCCACCGAUCAUAGAGAAAGUCCAUGAAGACAACAAGGAUGUGAUGCCGAACGAGCUGUUGAAGACUCUACCUCCAAGGCGCGAGGUAGAUCACAAGAUAGAGUUGGAGGUCGGAGCCAAGCCACCCACACAUGCACCUUACCGUAUGGAUCCACCCGAGUUAGAGGAGCUAAGGAAGCAGUUGAAGGAAAUCCUCGAAGACGGUCACAUUCGUCAAUCCAAGGCACCUUAUGGCGCGCCAGUGCUGUUCCAGAAGAAAAAAGAUGGGUCAUUGCGAUUAUGCAUCGACUAUAGGGCACUCAAUAAGGCCAAAUACUUCACCAAGAUGGAUCUCCGAAAAGGCUACUACCAAGUGCGCAUCGCGGAGGGGGAUGAGCCGAAGACAGCAUGCGUGACCAGAUAUGGAGCAUACGAGAGCAACACCUUGGAGGAGCACGUGGAGCACCUUAGGAGAGUCUACCAAGUCUUUCGGGAAAACCAGCUCUAUGUCAAGCGAGAGAAGUGCGAGUUUGAUCAGCAUGAGGUACACUUCUUAGGACAUAUCAUCAGCCAAGGCGAACUAUGGAUGGACGAGACAAAGAUCCGAGCGAUACAGGAGUGGGAGGCGCCCACACAAGUGACCGAGUUGCAAUCUUUUCUUGGACUUGCAAAUUACUAUCGUAGCUGGCUGCUGCUGAGUGUUGUCGCGGCUGGCGGCUGGCUGCUGCUGUCUGCGGCUGGCUGCUGCUGUGCUGCUGGCGGGCGGCGGCUGGUUGCUGCUGUGCUGCUGGCGGGCGGCGGCUGGUUGCUGCUGUGCUGCUGGCUGCGGCUGGCUGCUGCUUCCCUUGUUGUGGCUGGCGCCUGGCGGUGCUUCAGGGAAGACAAGAGUGGUUGGAGACUUGGAGUAGAAGAGGAAGAGAGAAAUGAAGAGGAAGAAGUCAAGAAGAUGAGGAGUGAAUUGAAAAAAUCUGGUAGAAAGAGAAAUAGGCCAAGAAGAGGCAAUGUCGUGACCGACGCACUAAGCAGGAAGGCCGAGCUUGCUGCCAUCACUACAGCUCACUGUGAAAUUCAAGAUGCAAUCAAAGAUGGUAUGCAACACGAUCCAGAGGCCAAGAAGCUGAUGGAAUUGGCGUCCCAAGGCAGAACCAGACGCUUUUGGGUAGAAAAUGGACUUUUUCUCACUACCGGCCGAAGGGUCUAUGUACCCAAGUUUGGGUCUAUCAGGCGGCGUAUAAUUAAGGAAAGUCACGAUAAACCGUGGGCGGGGAAUCUAGGGAAGCAACGUACGGGGGCACUGAUCGAGGCUAUUUACUUGUAG